UGUGCGUUGGUUUUUAUGAUUUAUCAGGACUUUUCACCUGAUUACGUGCCGACAUUAUCGGGACAUUUGGGAUUAUGAGGACAGGGACGGUGUCCUCAUAAUUCCUGUAAUACAGAUGCAUUUAUCUAAGUUAGAAAACCCCCCCUGCAAACUUUGGGGCCAAGUCCUCUUACACCACAAAACCACGAAAACCAGUUCACACAGUGUAAACUCUGCAUUCAGCAUCGCGCCCUCUGUAGGCUGGAGCAGUAGAAACACCAGAAUAACACUUGCGUUAAGAUUUACGGCUGCUGAUUGGCUAGUUCUGGACUAGCCAUCUAAGGUUGUGAUUGGCUGAGAGGUAUGUCAUUCACUGCGAAUCCUCGUUUCUAUCGGUGGACUUCAGCAGGAGACUAAGAGGACACUACAAUAUCCUGUAAUAUCCAAGUCGUGGAACAGACUGUAAUCAGGAGGAGAUGGCUUCUUCGAAGUUGAGAAGUAGAAAACUUUCUCCAAAACAAGAGGCUGCAUAUUUUAUAUCUGCAUGUAAAGACAAAGAUGGACUUUAUGUGAAAUAUAUAAAUUCAUAUAAAGGCCGUGGGGUAUACAGCAGAUUCCAUUUUGAGAGGGGAGAUUUUCUUCUGGAAUACAGAGGGCAACUCAUCAGCAGGCAUGAAUGUGAAAGUAGACAGAAAAUAUAUCAUGAUGCCCUCAAAGUGUUCAUGUUUGAAUUUUAUUUCAAUGGAAAAUUGUUUUGCAUUGAUGCUGCCCGAGACGAUGGCUCCCUUGGGAGACUGGUGAAUGAUGACCAUGUUAGCCCAAACAGCAAAAUGAAAAAAAUCACCAUAUCAGGAAAGCCCCAUCUAUGUUUAUUCGCAACCAGAAGCAUUAGUCCUGGAGAAGAAAUUACAUAUAACUACGGUGACUCUGACUGGCCAUGGAGAUGCAAGGUGGCUACUGAAAAAGACCAACUGCACCCAAAAGAGCAGAGCACAUCAAGUGAGGUAGGGAGGACAGGGAAAGUAAUUCAGUUAAACUCUUGUAUGUGUGAUUAUUAGGUUUAAGUAGUUGGAGAUAUAGAUGUGUGUUGAAUGAGGAUAUGCAGAGAGAAUGCUGGUAAUUCUCUGUCCCUGCAAAAGGGAGAUCAGCGUGUGAAAGUGUGCUUGACAAAAGCAUUGUCUGUGAGGAUAUGGUGUUGAUGAGAACUGCAGAGAUUACUGGGAUUUUGUGUUUGAACAUUGUGUGAAACAAUGCUUAGAUAUUAGAAAUGCAGUUCUGUCAAUGAUAGUUUUAUGUAAUUUUUUUUGUACUGAUUUAGUUGUAUAGUUUUGCUUAUGUGUGGUAGGAGCAUUUAAUUGACUGUUAACAUUCUGCUCUCUCCAGCAUUCCUACCAUGUGCAGUAUGGAAUUAUAUUUUUAUUUGUGUUUCUAGAACAUAACCGAUGUGGGAAUGACUACGAAUGUCCAGUUGUUGCCAGAAGGACAGCAUGCAGAUGUCCUAAGAGAAGAGACAGAAGAGGCUGUUUCUGAGGGAGACCCCUGUGCCAAUACUCUGAUGGAUACCUCAUCACUUAGCAAAGAAAUGGAACAGAACAUAACCGAUGUGGGAAUGACUACGAAUGUCCAGUUGUUGCCAGAAGGACAGCAUGCAGAUGUCCUAAGAGAAGAGACAGAAGAGGCUGUUUCUGAGGGAGACCCCUGUGCCAAUACUCUGAUGGAUACCUCAUCACUUAGCAAAGAAAUGGAACAGAACAUAACCGAUGUGGGAAUGACUACGAAUGUCCAGUUGUUGCCAGAAGGACAGCAUGCAGAUGUCCUAAGAGAAGAGACAGAAGAGGCUGUUUCUGAGGGAGACCCCUGUGCCAAUACUCUGAUGGAUAACUCAUCACUUAGCAAAGAAAUGGAACAGAACAUAACCGAUGUGGGAAUGACUACGAAUGUCCAGUUGUUGCCAGAAGGACAGCAUGCAGAUGUCCUAAGAGAAGAGACAGAAGAGGCUGUUUCUGAGGGAGACCCCUGUGCCAAUACUCUGAUGGAUAACUCAUCACUUAGCAAAGAAAUGGAACAGAACAUAACCGAUGUGGGAAUGACUACGAAUGUCCAGUUGUUGCCAGAAGGACAGCAUGCAGAUGUCCUAAGAGAAGAGACAGAAGAGGUAAGUGUGUAAACACAAACCUAGUUUGGCGGUACACUAGGUUUUAAGAGGACCCUGCA